AUGCGACGGAGCUGGAAGAUGGCUCUGGCUGGGGGCCUGCGGUGCUGCCGCCGGGUACUGUCUUGGGUGCCAGUGCUCGUUAUCGUCCUUGUCGUGCUCUGGUCCUACUAUGCCUACGUCUUUGAGCUCUGCUUGGUGACUAUAUUGAGCCCAGCCGAAAAAGUUAUCUACCUCAUACUCUACCAUGCCAUCUUUGUGUUCUUUGCCUGGACCUACUGGAAGUCUAUCUUUACACUCCCACAGCAGCCAAACCAGAAGUUUCACUUGUCCUACACAGACAAGGAGCGCUAUGAAAAUGAACAGAGACCUGAGGUCCAGAAGCAGAUGCUCAUCGAUAUGGCCAAGAAGCUACCAGUUUACACGAGAACCGGGAGUGGAGCUGUAAGAUUCUGUGAACGAUGCCAUCUAAUCAAGCCAGACCGUUGCCACCACUGCUCUGUCUGUGCCAUGUGCGUAUUAAAAAUGGACCAUCACUGCCCAUGGGUUAAUAACUGCAUUGGAUUUUCCAACUACAAAUACUUCCUUCAAUUCUUAGCAUAUUCUGUUCUCUAUUGCCUAUACAUUGCUACAACAGUCUUCAGCUAUUUCAUCAAAUACUGGAGAGGAGAAUUACCCAGUGUUCGCUCCAAGUUCCAUGUCCUUUUUCUUCUCUUUGUCGCCUGUAUGUUCUUUGUGAGCCUUGUGAUUCUCUUUGGUUACCACUGUUGGCUUGUCAGCAGAAACAAAACCACCUUAGAGGCCUUCUGCACUCCAGUGUUUACAAGUGGCUUAGAAAAAAAUGGGUUCAACCUUGGCUUCAUCAAAAAUAUCCAGCAGGUGUUUGGAAAUAACAAGAAGUUCUGGUUAAUACCUAUUGGGUCCAGCCUUGGUGAUGGACACUUCUUUCCUAUGAGAUCUAUGAAUGAGUCGCAGAACCCACUAUUGGCAAAUGAAGAGUCCUGGGAAGAAGAAGACAUGCAAGACAGAUCUGAAACCUUGUACAGUACUUAUCAACACUUACACACUACCAUCACCCAUGAAGUUUACAGAAUUCUGUGUUUGGAGCCCUUCCGUCUUCGAAAUACGUCACCAUGGUGGAUUGAGAGCUCCACCAUUCCAAAGCUUUCCGUCAUACAUAUGCGCUGCAGAUAUUUGAGGACUUUGCAAGUUACGUAAUCCACGGACUCAACUAAGCAAUUAAGUUUUUCUUUCUUCACUUCAUUUCCCUUUUCCCUCAUCCACAGAGGCCGAAAUGUAACAUCUGUACUGUUCUGGGUGCUCUCUUCAUUCUGUCAGGUAAAGGCAAAUUCAAAAGACUCCUUCAGAGUUUUUCAUUAUCCUGGAAAGACUAUUAACCAUAUCUAUAUGGUCUUUGGAGUAUUGGAGGAAUCAGAUUAAAUUUGCUUUUUGUAAUGUGCCUGUGUUAACAUAUAUGUACAGCAUAUAUUUACACAAAAGCAUUGUAGUGUUGUAUAAAUCAAGGGGUAAAAGCUAUCAGGAAUCUGAAGCUUUUAUUUCAUCAUUCCCUUUGUCUAAAUUUAAACGUUUUCUGAGCUUUGGACAUCAUCUUAUAUCAAGUAGCUAAAAUUGUAGAAGGAGAUUCAACACAAUGCUACCAAAGUCUCUAAUUGGAAAUUACACAACAAUAUAACACCUGUUCGUUAUCCUGGGAAAAUAUCUGCCCUGGAGGUUUCUGGAAUUCCAAUAGAUGAGAUCAGACCAAACCAAACUUUCACUGUAUUACACAUGAUAAUUUGUAUUUUCAAGAUUUUUAAUGCCAGACUAUGGUCAAAUAACCCAACUAGUUUUAUUCCUUUCUCUGCGACUUGGCUUUAUGAAUUACACUAUAAUGGAAGAAAAGCUAUAAGCCCAGGAUAUGGACCACAGAUUUUGUUAAGGAGUUUAAGUGUGAUCACCAGGCUUAAUAAAAGUUCUGUUCAUCAAGGUCAAAUUCACAGCUGACAGAAGCACAGAGACUAGCACUGCAGAUCUGUAUUUUCACAGUAAGUGUGAGUGUCAACUAACAGCGUUGGUAAACUAACAGUGUUGUCAAGCCUUUCUUUGGUUUAGCCUCACUGGUAGCUCAGCAGCCAUUUAGAGAACUUAUAUCCAUUCCUCCAUUUAUUUAUAAUCAGCCUUUCUUUUUGUCCUCGUACCUGAAUCAGUAAGUACAGACACCGAUAAUGAUGCUGUAUAGUAAUAAUACCUAAGAGUAUUGAUUUUUCAUUUUUCAACCAGUUUCAUAGUGCUCACCUAUUGGCAAGAGAUGAAGAAAACAAAGUUGCCCGUCACCAGCAAUCAGUGGACCUGUGGAAGUAGGCAUUCCAUCUACUUAAAGCAACUCAACAUGGUCAUUGUGCCCUCUAAGUGAUGUUGACUAACGUGUGACUUUCAGCAUAAAUUAAAUGGGGUAUGAUCAACAUGA